AUGAGUCGCAUACGUGGUCUAAGUGCGCAAGAGUUUGCAGAGGAGGUUUCAAAAGAGUUGGAGAGUGACUUGUAUACCAAAUACAUCCUCGAAGAAGCAAUUAGUGGGAGAGUCUUCUUGGCGCAGGGACCAGAAGGGGACGCGCUUGUUGAAGAUUUCAAAGAUCUGGACAGCGGGUCUGAGAUAAAAAGAGGACACAAACUUCUUCUGAAAGAUCUGAGAAAGUCGUGGCUUUUAUCAGAAGCAUCCAAUGGAGGCACAGGUACCGCUCGUACUGCUGGGGACACUCUGACAAGAGACGGAGGAGGCCAGGCAGUCAAUCUGCAGAAAGGCAUCCAAGGGAGCACUGGUAUGAGAGAAAGCAUGUCAGAGAACUUGACUCAACAAGUAGACGUUUCAGAGCGGGGAAACAAUACUCAGAGUAGGUCGCAAAGCAGAGCAGCACCGAGCUCGCCAGUGACUGCAUCCAAGCUUUUCAAAACACUGUGGCACAGCAAGAAGUAUACAGCGGUUGUGGGGAAGCACGGCGUCAGGAGGCUGCAGAGCUUUCAUGCUCGUGUGGUCAGCCGUGUUGCAGCGGAUCUGGGAUUGAGUGAUUACAUGCCUAAUGAAACGAAGGCGAAAGAGACUCCUUCAGAAGAAGAAUUGACGAGGUUGAGGUCCAUCAACCUGAAGAAGAAUCCAAAGGACCAAGAAUGGAGAGACAAGAUCUUUGAUUCAAUUCUAGAAGAUGACGAGCACGCUGGUGAGAUUGUAGGUUUGGACGGCACAGUCUACAAGUGGCCUAAAGCUUGCUACAACUCCACAUUCACCGCCAUCAUUGACGACCUGAAAAAGAAGCUGGUGCACGCGGACCGUUACAAGAAGAGCCAGGCUGACAAGCUGAAACGCUACCACGACCGCAAGCAACUAAAGAAGCGAGCUCAAGCUGGAAAAGAUGGCGCUCCGGAAAUGCAGGAGAAGCCCCAUCAUUGCAACGAGAAUGAAUCAUCGAAGGACCAAUCGUGCGGAAAUCCGGAUCCCGAGAGUCAAGAGGCCAUGAAUCUUCCCCCAUCGCAUGCUGACAAGAACGAACCCCUUGAGCCAAAGCCGAAAACGAGCUGCUCGUUAGACACGUGCUCGUCGACGGAGCGGCCUUCAGGUUACUGCCAGACGUGUCUUGAGCCGGUGCACAAGGAGUGCAUGCAGACGCUAUUGACAAAGCUGUACGGAGUUGCGAACUACGACGGGGACCUGCUCUACUGCGCCAACCAUCACAGCAACUUUGGCUUCCGACAGGGACUGGGCGGAAAGUGCACCUUGCCAGCGUGCGCAAUGGCAGGAAAACCCACGCAGCACCGGUGCGACGUUUGCAAGGAGCCGGUGCACAACCUGUGCUUCCAAGGCUUCCUUCGCGAGGUGUACAACGUGGAAUGCUACGACGGCGGCCGUUUUGCGUGCCAAGAACAUGCCGGCGCCUUGGGCUUUGAGAAGGCAUCUGGCCAACACCGAUCGAGCCCCCAGAACAAGACGUCAGCGGAUCUCUGCGCGGAGGCGCUGAUCAACCAGGCAGCGCAGCAGGCAGCUCGCCCGGCUGCGGUCCUCUCAGGGUCUGCGCUCUCGCCCCCCCGGGGUGUGUCGGCUGCCGGAAAGGGUUCGGAGGAGCGCGUGAAAGCUGGCGAGGGGGAACGUUUAGAGGAGCGCGAGGAGAAGGGAAAGCUGGACGAGACGAAGAAGGGGUCCGCGAAGCGGAAGGGCAGCCAGGGCGAUCGGGAGAAGAACAAGAAGAAGCGCGCGGCGGGUGUUUCCCCCGUUAACGAAGAGCCAAACGAGCAGGACGAAUCAGGAGGCCCCAGCCAAAAGAACAAGGAACCGCCAACGGAUCAGCCGGUUGAGGAAACCCAAGCCGUGCGGCAGUCGAACCGGGCGCCCAAGAUGAACCGGAUGAUUCACAACGACAGUUACGUGGUGAACUCCAAGCCGGCAGCGGCAGGAACCGACACUCGACAGAAGACCCGGGAGCAGAGCAAGGCUGGGGCCAAGAAGAAGCGCAAGUCGGACGAGGACAGCGAGGAGUCGCUGAGUCUUUCGGGCUCCGCAAUCGAGUCGUCGGAAGAGGAGGACUCCGAUGCAGAGGCGACGUCAGAUCUGCCGAUUGGGGGCGCCUUCGAGGACAAGGACGAGAAGUUGCACCCGUUGAUGGUCGACAACUACCAGAUUAUCGCGAUGACCGCCCUGGAAGUUAACGCAUCAUACCAGCUGACCUCCAGAGCGCUCCAGAAGGCGAUCAACCGGCUCAAGCUACCGGGCAUCUCGAAGUCCCCCGAUCUGACGGGCUUCAACCAGAACUACCUCCUGAAGCUUCUGGGCGAGGGGCUCAUCAAGAAGAAGAAGGUCGUCAUCAAGAACCGGAAGUGGCGGGAGGAAGGCACCGUAUUGGACCCUGCUGAUGUCCGGGUUCGCUUCUGA